CUAUUGUCUGGGCUCUGGGAGCCCUCGGGAAGCCCGGCUGGGGGACGGCCGGGGACGCGCCAGCACCAGCCCAGCCUGCCCGGCGCCCUUAAGAGCCCCGACGGGUAGACGGAGCGAGCCUCCCUCCUGCUUGGCCCCCGGACACCGCUCGCCCGUCUGUCCUGCGCUCGCAUGCGGAGUGGGGCUCGGGGAGCCUCGCUCUUCUUCCUCCGCCGCCGCCGCCGCCUUCCGUAGGGCGGGACCCCCCAGCCGCCCCCGCCGUGGAUGAGCCCGGGAGGCGCGGCGGGCCGCCCGUUGGGGCGAGGCAGCGGCGGCGGCCGCUGCUGCUGCACGGAGAGGCGGAGACCGGGAGCGGGGCCGGCAGCGCCGCUGCUGCCCGCCGCACGAUGCCCGGCGCCGCCGGGGGUGGCUUGAGCGCCUAGUGGCCCCGGCGGCUCCCUGGCUGCCAUGGGGGGCAAGCAGAGCACGGCGGGCGCCACGGCCGCGGGGCGCUCGCGAGGAGGAGGCGGCGGCGGCGGCGGAGGAGGAGGCCCCGUGGCCGGAGACGACAGCGCGGGGCCGCCGCCCGGGGGAGGCGCCCCGCACUUCGGACACUACCGCGGCGCGGGCGGCGGAGGAAGCGGAGGAGGAGGAGGAGGAGGAGGAGGAGGAAGCGGCGGCGGGAGCUCGGCGAUGGGGCUGCGCAGCCGCUCCGUCAGCUCCGUGGCCGGCGUGGGCGUGGGGAUGGGCGGCGUGGAGCCGGCCGGCGCCGGCAGCGUCCCCUUCGGCCUGUACGCAGCGGCGGCGGCGGCGGCCAGCACCACCACCACCUCCACCUCCACCACGAGCAGCAGCGCGGCUUCGGCAGCGGCGGCGUCUUCGGGCGACUCGGAGCGGGGUCCAGGCGGCGGGUCGGGCGCGGACUCCGCCCCUUACGGCCAUGGCAACGGUUACCAGGAGACGGGAGGAGGCGGUCACCACAGAGACGGGAUGCUGUACCUGGGCUCCAGGGCCUCGCUGGCCGAUGCACUACCUCUGCACCUCGGACCCCGGUGGUUCAGUUCACACAGCGGUUUCAAGUGCCCCGUUUGCUCCAAAUCAGUGGCUUCCGAUGAAAUGGAAAUGCACUUUAUCAUGUGUCUGAGCAAACCCCGUCUCUCCUACAAUGACGACGUGCUAACCAAGGAUUCCGGCGAAUGUGUCAUUUGCCUAGAGGAACUUCUGCAAGGAGACACGAUAGCUCGGCUGCCCUGCCUCUGCAUUUAUCACAAGAGCUGUAUAGAUUCCUGGUUUGAAGUCAACAGAUCCUGCCCAGAACACCCGUCAGAUUGACUGUGGGAUCCCACCCGGACCUCUUUCCAGGUCCUCUCACCAUCCAUCCUUCUUCCACACACACACUCCCAACUUCCUCCAAACCAGCUCUGGGACACCCCCACCCCGAUGGCAGCCUGGGCAUUUUAGUGUUCAGUUCUGGACUUCAGAGGCAGAGAAGACCCUCAACAAGCAACCGUCGCUCCGCAAGGCCAUACUUGGGGAACCGUCCUCAAAUCCGGGCCAGAAAGACGAAGAAGAGGGCCUGGGGCAGGAGCCAGUGGCCGCCGGGCCCCACCCCACAGCCACGCCAUGAUGUUUGUUUGGGCUAGAGCCAGCCACGAGCGAAACGGAGCACGACAUGCGUCGGUGCCAUUCAAGGACCCUUCCUUCCUGCCCACAUGCGGGUCCCUUUUUGCACGGGGGUGGGGUGAGGAAAGUGGUAGUUUACCCUUCCCUUUUUAUUUUCUUGGAACAACAAUGCCAUUUCCGCCCCCUCCCCUCCUGCCUCCCCCCCACCUCCCCAGUCCUGAGGAGGAGGAGGAGGAGAAUCAGAUGUUUUCUGUGGCAUUUUUCUGAAGGCGUUGUAAGUUUGUCUUUUCAACUGUUUACAAAACAGCCACGUGGUGUCAACCAGUGAGCCAGGUGAUGUUUAUAAGGCUGCAUCCUCAGGCAGGUGGGGAGCAGAACUUCCAAGACCUUUUUCUUCGCCCCUCCAUCAAUACCCCCUCCCCAUUGCCAAAAGUCCUUUUAAUCUUUCGUCGUCCUCCUCCUCUUCCUCUUCCACCCCCCUCUCGACCUCCGUGCUGGCCCCAGAGGCUGCCGUCCUUUGCAACAACGUCAAGAACGGUUUUCAGCCCUUUUGUGGAUCGCAGGACUGGCCUUUUUCUUAAAGCAACACACACACACAGAGGAUACGACACACACAAACUCACACCCCCCCUCCUGCCCUGCCAGUCCACAAAUGAGCACGAAGCAAAGCCUGGCUGAGCCGCAGGAUUGGGGGAAUGCGGUGGGGGAAACCUCUGAUGGACGGUUUUGAUCCGCAGGAAAAGUUAUCUGUAUUUAUAUAGGAAAAAAAAAUGAAAAAAAAGAAAACAAACUUUAAAAAUGACAAAAAAGAGAAAAAAAAAUCAAAGCUUGGGAAGGGAAACUUCCCCUAUUAGUCAAGUGUUUUGAUAUGGUAUUCAAUAAUGCUCAAUAAAAUAGUCACUGUUAUUUUA